UACUCAGGGGGCUGAGGCGGGAGGAUCACAUGAGCCCAGGAGGUCGAGGCUGCAGUGAGGUCUGAUCGCGCCACUGCACUCCAGCCUGGACAACUGAGCAUGACCCUUCCUCAGAGCUAAUGGCGCUUCAUAAUUCUGCAGUCCAAGGAAGCUUCUGGGGUCGCGGGGCGGAGAACCGCCAGGAGGCUGGAGUCCAAACGGCCUCCUGUGGCAGACGGUAAAGGCGCCGGAACUACAGCUACCUCCGCGUCGCCGUUUCGGCCGCCAUAUCUGGGUGCACGGGAACUCGCAGAGGACAAACUCCCACGCGCGUUUUCGAUUUCUGCGCUUUCCUCGAGUGAGGCAAGACUUAGCAGAGGCCCAAGCCCGUCCCUCCCUGCCAGGAGCAGCCUCAUGCGGACCGAGCCAUUGCGCGGGGCGUCCCCUCUGCUGGUGCCCGGCGACCCCUACUCCGUGGUGGUUCUGCUGCAGGGCUACGCGGAGCCCGAGGGGGUGGGCGACGCCGUGCGCGCCGACGGCUCCGUAACCCUGGUCCUACCCCAGACCCGGGGCCCGGCCUCCAGCCACCGAAAGUCCCCGCGCGGGAGUGGCGGCGCAGAGGCCGCCCUGGAGGAUGCGGCCUGUGGCCCCAUCCUGGUGGACACCGGGGGCCCCUGGGCUCGGGAGGCGCUGCUGAGGGCGCUGGCGGGGCAGGGCGUGGCCCCGGGAGACGUGACGCUGGUUGUGGGGACCCAUGGGCACUCAGAUCACAUCGGGAACUUGGGGCUGUUCCCAGGCGCGGCUCUGCUGGUCUCGCACGACUUCUGCCUCCCCGGAGGCCGCUACCUGCCCCACGGGCUGGGUGAGGGGCAGCCCCUGCGCCUGGGCCCGGGGCUCGAGGUGUGGGCCACGCCGGGCCAUGGGGGCCAGCGCGACGUGAGCGUGGUGGUGGCCGGCACGGCUCUGGGUACCGUAGUGGUGGCGGGAGAUGUGUUUGAGCGAGAUGGGGACGAGGAUUCGUGGCAGGCGCUGAGUGAAGACCCCGCAGCCCAGGAGCGGAGCCGGAAGAGAGUCCUGGUCGUUGCCGACGUGGUCGUACCUGGUCACGGGCCCCCCUUUCGAGUGCUCAGGGAAGCCGCGCAGACCGAGACGGAGGGUGGAGGGAACAGCGAGCAGGAGCCGGUGGUCGGAGAGAGGAGCCCGCCCCGCACUGAUCAGCCCAGAGAGGGACUGGACUCUUGUAAGCCCUAACAUCCAGGAGUUGCUGGAGACAAAGUCAGAGCAGUCAAGGGUGAGAGCUUCCAGCCCUUCCAGGAGGCUAGUUUUCCAGUGAGGACAGAGUGCACCUGACAUCAGUAUCAUUGCCUAUCUCUGCCACCAAACUAAGAUCAAAGGACGGGCUCAGCUCCCUGUGCAUUCUCCCUGGGCCUCAGUAAAAUGGGGGAAGGUUCCUGGGAGAGGUCUCCAAAAUAAAAAUGGAAACUGCAUUGAAAAUCA